UUCAAAGGCCAGCGACGGAGGAAAUUCGUCUCCGUUUCUUAUUUUUUCGGAAAUUUGGAGCCGAAGCGAGAGGAUUUCGACGGGUUCUCGAGAAGUGGCAGGAUGUCAAAACUACCAACCCCCUCCAGCCGCAUUAAGUUGCCGCAGCCCUCGCGCCUGCGAACGCCAGGCUCGGCCAUGAAGAGGCAGGCCAGUAGUGGAGAGCUGCCGGGCUCACCUGAGAAGAAGACCAGACUCAGCGCUUCUUCUGUGGGCUCGACAGAUUCAGAGGAUUCAGUUCCCGACAUGCCACCCCCAGCGCGUCGUGGCCUGACUCGCCAGCCUACAGCUCCUGCAGGGAAGUUGAGAAGGUCUGUGUCAAUGGCCAGCUUGCCUGUGAGUGGUCUCAGGGAACGCAACGGAUCCAAGACCAGCCUGGCUCGGUCCAAGAUUGGGGCAUCAACGCUAAACCUCACAGGCAGGGCUUCGAACAUCACACCUUCGACGGCAAAUAGAGCAGCUAGCAAACCAGCAGCUAGAAGACCCGGCACCAACAUCACUAAUCAGGUCAAUUCACGCAGCACGUCGUUAACAAAGUCCUCGGGCACUAGUGUAUCAAAGCCAUCCGUAGCGGGCAAUAAAGCAGGUGGAGAUACAGGUAGCAAAGGCAAGAGUAAAAGACCGCCAUGGGACCUCAAAGGCCGCCUGCAAGACAUGGAAGCCCUGGUGAAGAACUCAGCAGAGGAACGCGAGAACUUGAUGCAGAAGUUCAUGAACUAUGACAUGCGCAUUGAGAGCCUAGAACUGGAGAAGAGGAGUCUCAACCAGAACCUGGAGAAGACGCAGAGUGUAUCGCAGGCCACGCAGGAUGAGGUUGACCGACUGGCUUCCAAUCUGAGAAAUGAACAGGAUGGGAGAAGUGCCGACAAGAGGAAAUAUGAAAGUACAAUUCAAGACUUGGAAUUCAACAAAGCCACACUUGAACGUCAAAUCAAAACACUUGAGUCGGAACUCUCUGCCAGACAAGAUGAGCUGGCAGGACUAAAGUCAACUGUUUCACAUCUAACAAGUGCACAUGCUGGCAUUGAAGCCCAGCUUUCGUCAACAAAGAUAAUGCUUGACGACCGGAGCAAACGCGUAUCCGAGCUGGAGUCCCAGGUAGCCAUUCAGAAAGACACCAUUGAAGACAUGGAGAAAAAGCUGCGCGAAGGAGAAAAUGUCAGACGGAAGCUUCACAACACCGUCCUGGAAUUGAAGGGUAAUAUUCGUGUCUUCUGCCGAGUGAGACCACUGCUUGGGGAAGAGAUCAAGGGAAAUGGAGACAGUGACGUAAUCCAUCACAUCAGCUUUGUUGACGAGAAGACUCUUGAAUUGUGCAAGGGUGGAGAUCCCAACAGCAGCACGAUGUCCGGCCUCAAAGGGCGAGGAGGAGGAGCCAUCGAGUUCUCUUACGACCGAGUCUUCAACCCAACCAGCACUCAGGCUGAAGUGUUUGAGGAGAUCUCGCAGCUGGCUCAGUCCGCCCUGGAUGGCUACAAUGUGUGCGUCUUUGCCUAUGGACAGACCGGUUCUGGAAAGACCUUCACGAUGGAGGGAAUGCACGGUGAUGAGGCGCUGGAGGGCAUGAUCCCACGCACGGUCAAGCACAUUUUCAAGACCUUGAAGGAUCUCGAAGACAAGGGCUGGACCUACAAGGUAGAGGCCAGCUUUUUAGAAAUCUACAAUGAAACCAUAAGAGAUCUUCUGGCCACUCCCAAGGAAGCCAAGAAUCUCACUUACGACGUGAAGCUUGUCGACAGCAAGAAAAAUGAUUCCUUUGUGACCAAUCUGAAGGUGGUUGAAGUAGAGAAUGAGGGCCGUGUCCACCACCUUUUGACUCUGGCGCAGCAGCAGAGAGCUGUAGCAGCCACCAACAUGAAUGAGAGAUCUUCACGUUCACACUCAGUCUUCCGGCUUAAACUCACAGGACACAAUAGCAAAACACUGGAGUCUUGUGAAGGUAACUUGAAUCUGGUUGACCUGGCUGGAUCAGAGAGACUGAAGGAGUCAGGCUCAGAAGGAGCAAGACUAACAGAAACACAGAACAUCAACAAAUCUCUGUCCAAUCUUGGCAAUGUCAUCAUGGCUCUGGGUCAGAAGCAAAAUCACAUUCCCUACCGCAAUUCCAAACUGACGCACCUCCUACAAAACUCUCUCGGGGGCAACUCCAAGACACUCAUGUUCGUCAACGUGUCCCCCUUGGAGAUGUGCUUCAGUGAGACCUUGAACUCCCUCCGCUUUGCAACCAAGGUCAACCAGUGCCACAUCGGAACGGCAACGAAGCAGAUCAGGAAAUAAGUCUGUGCGUGUUGAGGAUCGUGUGUGUGUGGGUUAUCGCUGUUGUUAGUUCUCUUCUUAAUUAUGAAACACUGUCUGAUUGAGUUUGUGCGGAAGGUAAUAUGGUUUGUUUAAGAGAGAUGUCUUAAAUCUUGAUUAUUUUUACCUUUUCUUUUUUUUAACUCUACAUGUGUAGUGUUUCUCCACUGUUUAUGGUAAAUGCUUCUAUACAUACUUUGUUUAGGCUUAGUAGGUAUGGUAGCAUUGAAGCCAUUUGCAAUGAAAAUGAUGUUAGCUUUCACUGGAUGAAGAAAUUCAGUGUUUCUGUAGAUUUAACAGAUAGAUUGAGAAUGCUUACUAUUUAUAUUUUUUCAGAGCCCAAAAAACUUUUUAGAUAAUUCAAUAACUUUCUGCCAAGGGUUAUGGGAGCAUUUUAUUUAUACUUUUAGAUUAAAGUAGAGUGUUUAACAGUAUAUUUCAUCAAAGAACAAAUAGGUAGAGAAUGAUUCUAAGGUGUAUAUAGCUUGUAUUUUACCGUGUCUUCUUCAAUACUUUAUUUUAUGACUUGUAAAGAGUGGCAGUAUGAAUGUGUGUUCGUGAGUGACUGAUUUGUGGUUUUCCCUGAGAACAAUGAGGAGAAAGUAAUUUUUUUCUUUUUCUUUCUUUCUUUCUUUUUAAAAUUUGUGGAUUACAGAUGAUGAUUACCUUAGACAUCCAUCUGUUUUACUGUCCUAUUUUGAUGCUUGAUUUUUCUCUUUUCUCUAUUCAGAGAUAGGAUUAAUUUUUAUCAUAGAUUAGAAAUAGAAAUACUAAUCACAGAAAUGAUCUCUAUAUCUGCUUUUAAGGAACAAACAUGACUGCUUCAUCUUGCUGAUCACAAAGGAUAGUGUAUAUAUAUAUGUAUAAUUGUUAAAAUUAAUGUUGCCUAGAGCAAAAAUGUUCUAAACCAAAUAACCUUUUAAUUUUGGCCAUUUUCUGAAACACAGAAGUCAAGUUGUCAUUUUUGUACAAAAUUUUCCUUGCUUCCUGUUCUGUCUCUUUUUGACACUGAUUGUAGACAAAGAAAUUUAUACUGAUUCUUUCAACCUGUAAAGAUGUGUCUAAAUCACACAUGAAUAUAAUAAAGGAUUGAAUUGUAUCAUCAGCUUGA